GGCGACGGCGGGAGCUCCUUCGCCAUGGCUGCGGGGCCGAUAUCUGAACGGAAUCAGGAUGCUACUGUGUACGUGGAGGGCCUUGACGAGAAGGUUAGUGAACCACUGCUGUGGGAACUCUUUCUCCAGGCCGGGCCGGUAGUCAACACCCAUAUGCCAAAGGACAGAGUUACUGGCCAGCACCAAGGCUAUGGCUUUGUUGAAUUCUUGAGUGAAGAAGAUGCUGACUAUGCCAUUAAGAUUAUGAACAUGAUCAAACUCUAUGGAAAGCCAAUAAGGGUGAACAAAGCAUCAGCACAUAACAAAAACCGAGUAGGGGCCAACAUUUUCAUUGGGAAUCUGGAUCCAGAGAUUGAUGAGAAGCUGCUUUAUGAUACUUUCAGCGCCUUUGGGGUCAUUUUACAAACACCGAAGAUUAUGAGGGACCCUGAUACAGGCAACUCCAAAGGUUAUGCUUUUAUUAAUUUUGCUUCGUUUGAUGCUUCGGAUGCAGCCAUUGAGGCCAUGAAUGGGCAGUAUCUCUGUAAUCGCCCUAUCACUGUGUCUUAUGCCUUCAAGAAGGACUCUAAGGGUGAGCGCCAUGGCUCAGCUGCUGAACGUCUUCUGGCAGCCCAGAACCCACUCUCUCAGGCUGACCGCCCUCAUCAGCUGUUUGCCGAUGCACCACCUCCACCCUCUGCCCCCAAUCCGGUGGUAUCAUCAUUGGGAUCCGGGCUUCCUCCACCA